UACGGUUGUCAUGCCAACUCUGACAAACCAUCACUAUGCAUUUAUGUUGAUAGUGUGCAACAUCUUGUUGAACCCCAAUUCAAAAAUGUUUUAUGCAUAGAUAAGCUUAUGAAGCAUCAUAUGAAUCAAUACUUAAUAGAUUUUGAAAAUGGCGGCCCUAGUCAUAGUUCGGCAGAAGCAAUUAUAACUAAUGAACUUGCGAAUCAUUUUCAGAAUAAAUGA